UUCAGUGAUUUUUAUCAGGCUGCCAGAGAAACUGGAGUAAACCUUCACCACCAGCAGUGUGAGUGUGUGUAUGUGUGUGUGUGAGCGCCCCAGUGGGUCGAUUAUUACCAACAAAUCCGUUCGUUUCAUAAAAUCAAAAUGCAUCCAGUCAGAGUGUCGAUCCCGUCGUUUCGUUCAGAAAACAACUCGAUCGAGAAAGGAUACACGGUCUUUAAAAUUGACGUGCUGAUGAAUGGCAGACAACAUUCUGUUGAGAAACGCUACAGUGAAUUCCAUACUUUGCAUAAAAUGCUAAAGAAGAGCAUAAAGCCACCUGAGAUCCCUUCGAAACAUGUUAGAAACUGGGUUCCCAAAGUCCUGGAGCAGAGGCGGCAUGGUCUGGAACUCUACCUGCAGACUAUAAUUAUGGAAAAUGGGGUCCUUCCAAAGAUAUUCCUGGAUUUCCUGAACAUCCGCCACUUUCCUUCAGUGCCAAAAACAGAAAGCUGUGGGUCGUUUGAUACAGAAUCAGAGGAAUCAAGUAAACUUUCACAUCAACCAGUCUUGCUGUUUCUGAGAGACCCCUACCUGCUGCCUUCUGCACAUGAUACAUUUUCAAAUGUUGUGAUAGAAGGUGUGAUACAUGGAGUUUUCUACCCAGAUCUUCAACCAAGGUAGAGCUGCAGAGCCGAAUCUGAGGGCACGUCACUACAAACGUGCUCCAUAUUUUCACACCAUUUUAGGUGUGCAUCAGGAAGGACAUAAAAUGUUAAGAUAGACUUAGCCUCACUUAAAUUUUCCAAAGCAUAAAACAAAAAUCCAUACAUUUAAAAAACAAAACAAAGGGAUGCCUUAUCUUGCAAUAACUCACUGGCACUAGAUUUAAAAUGUAAUCAUCCAUUGACCUUACGCCCAGUAACUUCUGCACCAUUGCCAUCAGAUAGAACAUGAACAAUAUUGACCCAUAUUUCAAUGGAUUUAAAUCCUAAGAAAGUAGUUUAAUUAAACGUCAGUCAGCUAUAAAAUGUAACUACAUGUGAAACAGUUUGGCAAGUUAACGUAGAUGUGUUGAGGCUUUACAAUCCAAAUAUUAUUUGCAGAAAUGAUAGAGCAUCAUUAGUAAUUAACUUAUAUUUUCCUCCUUUCUUAAGAAAGUUUGUGGAUCAAGUGGACAUAAAAAUAAGAGGCAGAUCAAAGUAUGGGAGACCUUAAGUGCUUUUUUUGAGAGAGAGAGAGAGAGAGAGAGAGUUUUUAGUUAGUAAAUACCAGAAGUUUGUGAAUGGCUCUCCAACUCUGGGGAACCAGAAAAGAAAUGCUGAUAUCUGCUGGACUGAAGGUUAGUCUGCCAGACACAGAGUAGGCCUGUAAGGGCAAAGCACAGGGCUGGCAUGGGGAGCUGGAUCGUGGCCUGCAAACAGGGAGGUGCCUUUGUAGCACCAGACUGUGGUUUUUGAAUUUGUUCUGAGCUGCCAAAUUGAGCCACCUGAGGGAGAGCAGUGUGGGACAGCGUGGAACAAUUUCGAGGCUGCAUUCUGGUGGAGUUGACAGAUACGUGCCACAUGUUAGGGUGGAAAUUAUUUGAGCUUUGUAAGUAGGUUGUGGCAGUGAUGUGGACCUCCCCUUUAUUUUAUUUUUUUUUUUUAUUUGAGCAUCAGGCGCUUGUGAAGGAGUACUGUCGUGUUUACAGUGGUGCUUGUGAGCUCUGUGGGGCUGCUUGAAGCAGCUCGGUUUGGUCAGGUGAUAAGUGUGUGGUUUUGGGCACAAAGCCAAUUUGAAAUGUAGCCAGGACUGACAGAAAUAUGUGGCACAACCUGUGAAUGAGGAAAGACUUCUUGAUAGCAUUACACUCCUAUGGCAUUGUCAGAAUCACAAUAGUUUUAAAAGGAUCAAAAUCAGUGCAGCAGAAUCAGAGAUAUUGUCUUUUUUUAUUCCACACUCUCUUUCUUUUCGCCUACAUUACCCACAAUGCAGCUCAACCAUCGACAGUUUGGGUCGUAGAUUCAAGUGUGUUAUCUUAGUACCAGCUUGGCUCUCCUCCUCCCUCUAAAGCUUUUCCCAUGUAAAAUAAAAGCUGAGAUGUGUGUGAUGGCAUAGCAGCAGAAUGAGCCUAUCACAAGGUUUAAACUGCUCAUUGCUGUCCCACACAACAUGCAAGUAUGGCAUUUGAAAACAGUUCCAGUUUGUGCAAAAUAAUGGUAAUAAAUAUAUAUAUAUA